AUGGCAGUUUCUUGUAACAUAGGAGAACGCCUACAGCUGGGGCGCGUCUCAACAGUAACCAGCUUCUCCGCCCGUAAUAUGACGCAGAACCAAGCGGGCCCCGGCUCGCCCUUGAGCGGGUCGCAGCCCAGCUCCGCCCCCAACACAGUGCGUUCUGUGACCCCUGAGGCGACGUAUUCUUUGAAUGCAGCAGGAAAAGUACCAGAAACGCGCCCUGCACGCCUUAUUCUACGUCCCUAUGACAUCAACAAUACAGGUUACACCACCAUGCCCCCCCUUCAGUCCACUCGGUCAGAAGGCUUGCGGUUCUACAAUGAGAAAGUGGCUCCUCCUUCUCCCUUUAAGCAACAGCCACAGCCUUUCUACCAAACCUCGCUCGAAGAACCGCCUUCAGAAGGACAGGCUGCCUACUACACCCCCAGCAAGCCCCUUGUUAGCACGUUGCCUGCACUGCAGGAUCCACCGCAGCGCGCACCUGUGGGCUUCGGCCGCGCCACAAUGCCAGUAAAUGCGUACGAGUUGCCCCCACCUCUGCUGGAAAAUAAGUCUCAGAAGGAGCAAAGCUUUCUACGGGGGUGGAACAGAGUAGAUCAUGCAGGUGCAGUCGCCACCUGUCGACUCGAGCGCGUACCUCUCCCCAUGCUGGAGCGCAUUCCCGGAGGACCCGGCCGCAUGCGUCUUCAGGGGCCUCUGCUCAAGAUCAAGAUGCCCCAGGUGCCCUCUGUAGACGGAGACCUCCGUCGUUUUUGUCGGCGGAUUUUGACGGCUUUCAGUGGGGCAGCUGACGACUGUCGCCGGCUCUUUUCGCCGUGCGGUCAAUUGAGCCUCCCUAGGUUUGACUGCUGCGCUCCGCAAGGCCCAGUGGUGCAAGAAUGCAAAAACUGUGGCUAUAAAGGACACUUCUGCCCCGAGUGCGGCACAGGACAGAAUGGCCGCAGUCUGGCUGCCAACGAGAUGUCGUUUUCUCGUGUUCAGCCAUCAAGAGGCAUACUUGUGCCGCAAGAAGGGUGUUUGGAGAGAUGCAUGCGGUGGCACUGUUCGCUGUUUGAGGAGGUGGGGGACGCCAUUGACCAGGAGAUUCUGUGCGAGCGGGCGGGCAGCGUUUUCCGGGAGUGUGGAGAGUUUAUAGACAACCUCGUUGCUGAGGGAAUCCACGCCAUUAGCUUAAAUUGUGCAAGCAUAUGCGGCGCUAUCCCUGGAAGAAGCCGAACCUUCGUCGAGGGCUACUCCAUGUACGAGCCUGACCCUCAGUUCAUACGCAAGGAUCGGCCUACAAGUGCUACAGGGAACGCCUGUGUGGACCAGGUCAACGCCUUCCUCGAUGCUUGUUUAGCUGAACGCUCCAAAUACAAACCCGAGUUGCUUCCUCCUCCCAUCCCAGACACGCAGAAAACCGGCAACUGGUUUAUUGACUCCACAAACGCUGCACUAGACUAUUGCCUACAAGACCGCACACCCCCGCCGCUACCGCCACCCCGCAAGAAGGUCUGCCCCUUGGAAAUGCUCGUCCCUCCUUGCUGCCGCGAACGACCGCCAGUCGUGGUGCCUCCUCCGAAACAGGCAAUGUGCCCGCUUUUGGAACGGUGCAUGGGCCGAGACCGCGACUGUCCUCACUGCCACCAGCCUAUCCGUUCCUCCGGAGGCACAUGUCCCAAGGAGCAAAUUGGUGGAUGCCAGAUCCAGUUCUGCCCCGUUCGUGAGCCUGAAAUUACCGUCGUUCCCACUGGACCAUCCCUAGUGUACCCUUAUAGCGAAGAAGCAUUCCAAGUGCGCGACCGGUCAGGUUUGGUGGCGAUGUUGGACGAUCAUGCGGAAGGAGUGCCACUCCCCCACAAGCUUGUCGUCGCCGAGCCAGUAAUGUAA